UCACGUGGUCCUCUGACGUCGAAGACCCGCUGAAAUUCAAAGUUAGAAGAAGAAACAACAAGGAGGCUGUUCGUGGUUUCUGUCAGUUAGCGUUCAUCCGUGCAGCACCUGUAGUUUCCUACGGACACCUUCUCAGCUCGAUAUGGAAGCCGGCGAGGAAAAUUGCAGUGACGUGAGCUUGAAGAGACCGAGAGCACCGCUGUCUGAUUCAGAGGACAAUAGCUGCUCAGCACCAGAGACAAACGACAGUCAGAAGAGGCGGCGUCUGGAAGCAGCUGGUCAGGAGAACCGCUGUCCUGAACCGUCCUCCUCUGGACGCCAAGCAGAGCUGGAAACCAAACCUGACACGCCGAUAGUUCCCUCAGUCCGGUCACGAGUUCAGCAGCUCACCCAGAGAAGAGAUGGAGGCGCUCCUCUGGCCCAGCGGUGCCUCUCGGAUCCUGGUGGUGACAGCAGGGGCUUCAGAGAGCCUCUCCUCGGUGAGGCAGAAUUUAAUCAGCGGAUGGAGCGAUUCAGAGAGCCCUCUUUCCAGAGUAGCCCCACCCAGACCCUGACCCCCGCCAACCCGUGCCCCCGGACGCGCUCCAACUUCGUAUCUGUCAUUCAACAAAAACUGCAGGGCUCCACAACACCCAGCUCCAAGCAGGUUUCUCGUAUUCGCCAGGAGCGGGAGCAUGAACUGAGCCAGCUGCCCUUUCAGCCAAUCACUGAGAACGCCUGGCUGAAGAGGAGCAGCUCAGAUUCGUCUUUAGCAGAGGAGAGGACUCCCGGCCCCUCGUGUGCCUCCUUCAGCGUUCCUAGAGCAAACAGGAGAGUGCAGUGGCCUCCCACGUGCCCCUGGGAUGAUCAGGGUGUCGGUGAUGUGAAAGACGGCAGCUUCGCUGAAUCUCCAACGAUAAGUGCGCAGAAUCGCUCUCUGAGUAUGACGGGUGAGAGGGCGUCCGGCCUCUCUGAAGCUCCGGGAGCUUUUUUAGAGACGGGUGGAAAGCAGGAGCGACACGUUCUCAGUGAAGAACCUAGACAGGAAGAAGAGGUGGAGGCUUCUGCUGGGAAUGAAGAAGAGCAGCCAGGCUCCCAACAACCAGAGGCCCAGACUGUGUUAAAGUUGUCUUUUAACGAGGAUCACAGUUUCUCCAAAGUCCCUUUCGGCGAGGAUCAAGAUUUAUCCGAGUUAACUGCACCUAAUGAGCAAAGCUUCUUCGAAUCAACUCGUGAGUCGAACGUUAAAGAGACGGUGGAGGACUCCACAGUAAGCGAACAGGGUAGCUCUGACAUGUUAACCUUUGAGGAAGAUGAAAAGAUGGAUAGUUCCUGCUUUAGUGAGGGGGAGAUCGAACCAUCGACAGAUGAGGAGUUAAGGAUGUGGCGAUAUCCUCGAAGCGUGAUGAGUGUGGAGGAAGAAUCAGUCGUAGAUGAAGUACAGGAGGUGUGUGUUAAAGAAGUGGAAGGAGAAUCAUCACAAAUGAAUAAACCUGAUAUAAAUCAGGAUGGUGAUCCACCCUCUGAUGUCUCUACUCAGAUUGCUGGCUGUUCUGAAACGCAGGAAGACGAGAAAUCCAAAGCAGAAGAUCUCAAAACCAAACCAGGAAGCUGUUCAGAUAUCUCUGAGAGAGACCGCUCUACUUUGGACAGAGACAGAGAGAGCAUGGAGUCGUGUGAUGGAAAUUAUGAGGAACUGCUGACCACAGAUGGUGAUGAUCUUACAAUAAAACAAGAGCAGAAAGAUGAGGAAGUAUGCACUCGCAGUGAUGAUGCAGCUGAGCAGUCAGAGGGGAGCCACAUGGUGUGUUUAAAAGGAGACCACAGCAGAGAAACACAUGGAGUCAGACAAACAAAGGCUGCUGCUUUUCAAGAUGUCACUCAGGCUCUGAGAGAUGAACAAAACGAGCACGAAGGCCUCGACAGAAAAACAGAAGAUGAAGCACGACCUGUAGUAAACUCUGAGACUGCAUUAAUGGACACUGAUGCAGCUCAGGCCUCAGCAGAGAUGCAGGCGUCCGAUCAGCCAGAGACGGGGCAGGAUGCAGAAGGUGAAAGGCUGAAUUUAGACACCAGUAUGACAGAAGAAGCUCGUAAGGCAGAGCGAGGAGAAAGCUCAAAGAAAGUCACCUUUAUUCUGGAGCCUGAGUUCAUCUACAGCUCAGGGGUGUCUGAUAACAAUACCUCUACAGAGACCGCCCUGUCAGAUGCUGAAGUGAGUUUUCAUGAUGAGACCAACUCUGGGGAAAUGAUUGAGCAGAUGUUUGAGGAGGUACUUGAAUAUGCUGAAAGGAUGGAAGACCCUGAGGACCAUGACAGUGGUAUUGCCGCUUGCUCCAUAGAAAAGAACAAGAUGGAGACAGAGACAGAGAAGGAGAAAAGUGAAGAAGGGCAGGCCAAAGAGGGAGAGCGUGAUGAGAGCGAUAAGCUUGAAAGCAUCGGAGAUGAGCUGCUCACCUUUCCUCCCAGUGGCAUCCUCUCUCCUCUCAGCAAGUCAGUAGAGGCUGUGGUUACCCCUCUGCGACUGGCAGCGAGCCAGAAGCCCAACCCUCCUUUGGUCCUGACCCCAGACGAAACCAGCACCCCCCCUGCUGACUCUGCUCCCCUGUACAGCAUCGAUGCCUACCGCACACAAAGGCAGAACAAGCCUCCCGCCAUCCAGAGCGUCACUCCAGGAGUUCAGAGGCAGGCUCAGCAGACGUCCAAGCCCCAACCGUCUGUCAGCAUCAAGGAGAAAAUAACGGCUCUUAAUGAAGAAGCAGGGAAACUGCAGACUGUGAUUAACCAGACGCUGCAAGCUCUGAGCUGCUGCACGGAUGAGGAGCACGGAAGAGGCUCACUGGAGGAGGCUGAAGCUGAGAAGCUGCUGCUGGUCUCCUGUGAGAAGCGCUCUGCGCUGCUGGCUGAGGUGACCAGGCUGAAGGAGGAGAGGAGCUCCGAGUCUGGAGAGGCAGCAGGAGGGAACAGCGGAUGUGUUUCCCAGCAGCCCUGCAGAGGGACUGUCAGCAUCACGAACAUCCAGCUGCCUCUCAAGGUGGAAUAUGUGUGCUCCUCACACAACCGUGCAGGUCGGCCGAGUCACUACUUCUUUGUUCUUAUCCGCUACGGGCCCUACAACAUCGUCGCCACCCCUCUGGCCACGGCUGCAGACGCUCAGAACGGAGACACCAUCUCCUUCCCCACGUCCGUCACGCUGGAGGAUAUUCGCCCAUCCUUUGAAAUUGAUGUGGAAGUCUACAGCCUGAACCAAACUUCAGCUGGUACCUGCAGCGUGGAGCGGACCUCCACCAAGCCUCGGGUCACUCCGAGGAAGCUUCUGAGUACUCUCACAAGAUCCAGCGUCAGCUCAACAUCUGCCGCUCCUCCUCUCAGCUCCCGGCGCUCCAGUAACUUCAGUCUGGUGGGCUCCCAUAAGAUCACGCUGGCCUCGCUGGGACACAGCAAAUUCCCUCUGGAUAAGAUGAAACUGGAUGGCAAAGUCAAGAGGCUGCUGGGAGAUGAAUUUCAGGAAAAGGUGCCUUUUCUCUCUCCUCUAGAGGGCAACAUCUACCUGCAACUGGAGAGCAAGAGCCACUCUGACGUCCAGCACCAAGGCUUCCUGACGAUGUUUGAGUUGGUCAGUGGAUAUGGGGUCUGGCAUCGCCGCUUUUUUGUCCUGGAGGGAUGCAGCCUGCAGUACUGGAACUACCCGAAUGACCGAGAGACCAAGGAGGCAGAAGGCAGCGUUUCUCUCGCCGGCCCACCGAGUCAGUACGUCAGGCCUGUCGAAAGGGCGUCGUGUGCUCGACCUUUCACCUUUGAGCUGGUGAGCAGCACAUCGCAGCAGGAGGAUGACCUCAGCCAGGAGGCUGUAGCCAGGUGUUUGUUUUCAGCCGACAGCAAGCAGGAGAGGCUGGACUGGAUGGAGAAGCUCAACCAGGCUCUGCUGGACUUUCACACGUGGAGUCGAACCCAAACAGAGAGUCAGCAGUCAAACACGUCGAGCAGCGGGAACCUGAGGGAGAGUAUACUGUAGCGCACCUGCUGAGAUGUGAUGUCAGGGUUUAGAUUCUCCAUCAGAGGCUCUGCUUUACUGUCAGAAUGAUUCAACAUAUCUCAGCCUGAUUUAUCUUUGGGAGAUCUGUUUGUGUGUCUGUUUCUUUUUAACCUGAAACCAAACACUUUUAUUUGGUUUCUAUUGUUUUUUUUUUCCUGAGUCACAGAUGUCAAAUGAAUAUUUACUUUUUUUUAGACAUCUGCUUAUAUUUGACCUUUUUUGUGUGGCAAUCAGCUGCUUUUGCCUCUGUUGGCAUUAAUAUUGGGUCACUUUCAGCAGCUGAGGUGAAUCUUCUCUUAUA